AUGACCUCAACAAUUAUCAAUUUGUGUCAAUAGAAGCCAUGUUAAAGAAAUAUUUUCGAAAUGACGAAUGUGAUUUUCUUUGCCAUAUUAUUUUGUUUGGUCACACGCAGUGACGGUACAAGAUGUUUCGAGUGCAAGAAUGUUCCAUACCCACGUGAUUGCGCAAAAUUGAGAAUUUGCAAUUCUCAUGAGCAAUGUUACACGGAGCAAGUGGUUACAGCAAGCGGAAACAUUGUUUAUAACUCUGGCUGCCUUUCCAAAUCGCGUUGCUCUACUGUUGCGACAUCACUUGUUGGCAGAAGGUCGAUAACAAACAUGGUGGAUAAACGCUCCUCACAUGACCUUGUCACGUGCACAGAAUGUUGUACAGACGACUUCUGCAACAUGAAUGGGUGUGGAACGCAAGGAGUUCCAGCUGAACAACGUGGUCCGUACUGCUACACGUGUGAUGCUCUGGACCCCAAAGAUUGCACUGAUGUAGCCGUUUGUUCUAAAAACGAACUUUGCAUCAUGUACAAUCAUUCGGGGUUUAGCGGCUUUCCGGACACUAUUUACAGAGGUCAGUGUGAAACACGAGCGGCAUGCGAUGCGAUAGCACAUGCAUUCACUAGUCAGAGAUGCGCCCCUAUGUGUUGCAAUACAGAUUUCUGUAACGAUCAUUGUGGAAACCCCCAGAAUUUGUCCAUGACAACACCUCAACCAGGCACUACAAAUGGAAACACAGAGAUAUCUACAAGUAAAACACAUUUGAGCAACACCUUUCAAUGCGAUAUUCACAAUGGUUUUGUUCAUUUACAAAAUGCGCAAGCGCAGCUGUGUGUCCAUAUUGUUGUUCACCAUAAACAUUCCUGGAAUAGCUCCCGAACAUCAUGCGAAAGACAAGGAGGGAAUCUUGUGGUCCUAGAUACCCUUGACAAAGCCCAUUUAUUGAGGAAUGAACUUGAAAGUCAGUCUAAAUACAACCACGAAUUUUAUUGGAUAGGAGCUAAAGACAUCUUGAAAAAUAACCAGUUCUCCUGGGUGAAUGGUCACGCAUUACUAAAGUCAGAGGCUGAUUGGGACAAGACUCAACCUAACCAUCACAAUCACGGCGAAGACCAGGAUUGCGUUUCUAUGUAUAAAGAUACUACGCCAUCAUUCCGUUGGCACGACAGAAAUUGUGAUGAUCAUGGAAAUUAUAUCUGUGAACUAAAAUAAAUACG